CCUUAAGAGUAUAUUAUAAGCUGCGUAUCCUGCCCCCUCUUAGUAGGUCUAAUACAUCCUUUUUACACCCCUAGUUCCUGGUUCCCCGUACUCAGAUAUACAGCCCCAGAAUUCAUUCACGGCGACAACCCCCUCUUAUCCGAAAGACAAUUCUCAUUGAAUCAGAUUCAGAAUUCUCAAAACUUCACCAAUCUUUUUCUUCUCCUUUUUCUCCUUUUCUUUCUAGGAGAUUCCAACUGAACAGUCCCCCAUUGCAUCCAUCUUUCACCGACGGAUCAUCCACGUUCGCAAACGCCAGCUUACAUCCGCUUUAGCCAUCGAACUUUCAUAUUAAUAAAACACGCUGUGAGAAUCAACUAUGUGUGGUAUCUUUGGUUACGUUAACUUCCUUGUCGACAAGACAAGAGGUGAAAUUGUGGACAACCUCAUCGACGGACUCCAGAAGUUGGAGUACAGAGGUUACGACUCGUCUGGUAUUGCCAUUGAUGGCGAUAACAAGGGCGAAACCAUCAUCGUCAAGACUCCUGGUAAGGUUAAGGUGUUGAAGCAAAAGAUAAUCGAUGAAAAGGUAGAAAGAUCAACUGUUUUUGACAACCACGUCGGUAUUGCUCACACAAGAUGGGCCACUCACGGCCAACCUAUGAUUUCCAACUGCCAUCCUCACAGAUCCGAUCCUAGAGGCGAGUUUAUCGUUGUUCACAAUGGUAUUAUCACCAACUACAGAGCUUUGAAGACUCUUUUGGUCUCUAAAGGUUUCAAGUUUGAGUCGGAAACUGACACUGAGUGUAUUGCCAAGUUAUACAAACACAUCUAUGACACAAACCAGAAGGCCGGCAUUAUUGCUGACUUGAACGAAUUGACCAAGCAGGUUUUAUACGAGUUGGAAGGUUCCUACGGUCUUUUAGUCAAGUCUACUCACUACCCUGGCGAAGUGUGUGGUACUAGAAAGGGUUCUCCCUUGUUGGUUGGUGUCAAAACCGAGAGGAAGUUGAAGGUCGACUUCGUAGAUGUAGAAUUCACCGAGCCGGAACCUGUUGUGAGUCACAACGCCAACAGCAAGAACGAGUUGGGAUUGUUGCCCGUUGCUGUAGGCGAACAAAAUUUGAGAACCUCGCAAUCUAGAGCCUUUUUGUCUGAUGACAAUAUCCCCAUGCCAGUAGAGUUCUUCUUGUCUUCUGAUCCUGCUUCCGUAGUACAGCACACCAAGAAGGUUUUGUUCUUGGAAGAUGACGACAUUGCUCACAUCUAUGAUGGUGAGUUGCACAUCCACAGAGCCUCCAAGAAGAAUGCCGGAGAAUCCACUACCAGACAGAUCCAAACCUUGGAGAUGGAAUUGAACCAGAUCAUGAAGGGGCCAUACAAGCACUUCAUGCAAAAGGAAAUCUUUGAACAACCCGACUCUACUUUCAACACCAUGAGAGGUAGAAUCGACUUCGAAUCAAACACAAUCACAUUGGGAGGCUUGAAGUCGUUCUUGCCCACAAUCAGAAGAUGCAGAAGAAUCCUCAUGAUAGCCUGUGGUACUUCCUACCAUUCCUGUUUGGCCACCAGAUCGAUUUUUGAGGAAUUGACUGAGAUUCCCGUGUCGGUAGAAUUGGCUUCUGAUUUCCUCGACAGAAGAUCGCCUGUUUUCAGAGACGAUACCUGUGUAUUUGUCUCUCAAUCGGGUGAAACUGCCGAUUCCAUCUUAGCUUUGCAGUACUGUUUGGAAAGAGGUGCCUUGACUGUAGGAAUUGUCAACUCUGUAGGUUCUUCUAUGUCUAGACAGACUCACUGUGGUGUUCACAUCAACGCUGGACCUGAAAUCGGGGUUGCCUCCACAAAAGCCUACACUUCUCAGUACAUUGCCUUGGUGAUGUUUGCACUUUCUUUGUCCAACGACUCUGUUUCCAGACAAGAAAGACACAAGGAAAUCAUCCAAGGAUUGCAAAAAAUUCCAGAACAGAUCAAGAAGGUGUUGUUGUUGGAAGAAAAAAUCAAGAGCUUGUGUGACUCCAACUUGAACGACCAGAAGUCGUUGUUGUUAUUGGGAAGAGGUUACCAGUUCGCCACGGCCUUAGAGGGUGCUCUUAAGAUCAAGGAAAUCUCGUAUAUGCACUCGGAAGGUGUUUUGGCUGGUGAAUUGAAGCAUGGUGUUUUGGCUUUGGUGGAUGACAAGUUGCCCAUCAUUGCCUUUGCAACGAGAGACUCGUUGUUCCCUAAGGUGAUGUCUGCCAUCGAGCAAGUCACUGCCAGAGACGGUAGACCCAUUGUCAUUUGUAACGAAGGAGACGAGAUCCUUUCUAGUGACAAGGUUCUUGCAACAUUGGAAGUUCCAGAAACCGUUGAUUGUUUGCAAGGUUUGUUGAAUGUCAUUCCAUUGCAAUUGAUGAGUUACUGGUUGGCUGUCAACAGAGGUAUUGAUGUUGAUUUCCCACGUAACUUGGCCAAGUCUGUCACUGUCGAAUAGACUUAGUCAGCAAGGCAUAAUGAGACACAUACCUAUAUAGAUUUCCCUAUUUAACCACCCUCUACUGUUUUUAUAUCCGGCUUUUGUUCAUAUUGAGUACUUAUAUAUAAAAUGAUUGCAAUGAUAACAUAAUGGUAUACGGAGUAAGAUUUAGCACAGUCUUCAUAGAUUGCACUACUGAACUACUUUUUACUCUACAUUGAGCUCUUUGGAUCUAAUUAUAUUAAUAUAUAAAAAAAUGGUUGCAG